UUUUUUUUCUAGGAAAAUGCGUGUUAAAUGUAUGCUAGAGGAUAUUGUUAAACAGAUUUUUCCAAGUGAAAGUAUUAGUUUAGUUGCUGUUGGGUCUACAGUUAAUGGAUGUGGAGCUUUCAAUUCUGAUAUGGACCUGUGUUUGUGUAUGCCUUGUAGAAUGGAUGGAUAUGAAACUCAGCGAAAUUAUGCAAUUAAUCGUCUUAAAAAAGUUAUGAGAAAAUUAUUGACUAAAAGAACUUUAAUUCAUGAUAUUUUAUUUGUUCCUGCAAAAGUUCCAAUUUUAAAAAUUAAAUUUAAACAUCCUUAUCAAAAAUUGGAGGUUGAUAUGAAUAUUAAUAAUGUUCCUGGAAUUUAUAAUUCUUAUUUAAUUCAUUAUUAUUCAAGAAUUGACGAUAGAUUUCCAGCUUUGUGCCUUAUAGUGAAACAUUGGGCAAAGAAAAAGGGAAUAUUGGAUGCUUGUUCUGGUUAUUUUAAUAGUUAUUCAUUAAUUCUUAUGGUCCUUCACUUUCUUCAAUGUGGAAUUAAUGUCCCAAUUCUUCCAAAUCUUCAAUUUUUAUUUCCUCAGUAUUUUCACUUUUUCCGGGCGUUGGAUGAAAUGCAACUUUUUGUGGAUUUGCCUAAACCUCUUCCAGAAAUACCUAAAAAUACUUUGUCUAUUGGAGAAUUAUUAAUUGCCUUUUUUAAUUAUUAUAAUAAUUUUAAUUUUGAUGAAUAUGCAAUUUCUGUUUCUAGAGGAUGUAUUUAUCCAAGGAGUGAACUUGCUCGAAAUACUCGUCGUUUCAAAAUUUUUAUUGAAGAACCUUUUGACUUUAAAAAUACUGCUAGAUGUGUUACAAGUGAAGAUAAUUUUUUGACUAUAUUGGAUACAUUUAGAGAAGCUGUGGAAAUUUGUAGUUCUUUACCUCCUAAUCUUAAAAGAUUAAUUGCUAGUUGA